AUGUCUGUCCGAUCAGCAGCCUAUAACAUGGAUGAGGAUAUCCUCUUAUGUCGGGUUUAUAUCGAAAUUUCCGAGGACCCAGUUGUUGGAAUUAAUCAAACAAGUGACCGAUUAUGGUCUCGUAUUGAAGAAGCUUUCAAUGGAGAAAGGCUGGAGCAUUGGGAAAUUCGUACUAAAAGAUCUAUGCAAGCCCGACUAGAUACUAUCCAAAAAGCAGCAAGGAGACUUAAUGCAUGCAUAAAACAAAUCGAGAAUAUGCAUCAAAGCGGUGCUUCAAAUGAAGAUAUUAUGUUCAAAGCUAAAGUGUUGUUCACGAAAGAUUCUAAGUUCAAAGCAGGUUGGAAGUUCGAUCAUGUAUGGAACAUUGUUAAAAAUUUUCAAAAAUUUAAAGAUUGUUCCACAAGUAGUAGGAGAAAUCAAUUUGUCAACUAUGUCUCUUCCGAGUCAGAAAAUCCAACUCCAGAUUCUGUUGGACAAGCAUCCCCCGGCAUCUCCUCAUUUUCUCUUAACCUGGAAGAUUCAAACACUGGUUCUCCAUCUGAAAGACCUAUCGGAGUGAAAAAAGCAAAACUGAAAAGGAAAAAUGAUGUUAAUACAUCAUUGACCAUAAAUGAAAUGCAAGAAACAAACAAAAAAAUUGCCGAAGAAAUGAAAAGGGCAAAUGAUCAUAUGCAAACUCAAUUAGAUAUGCAAAAGAAACGUUAUGAGUUGAAAAAGAGUAAAGAAGACAACAAGACCUUAAGGCAAGAUUUGAGUAAAAUAGAAGAUCCAAAUGUGCGCGCAUUUAUUCGGGCUCAACAAGCUCAAAUUAUGAAAGAAAAAGCUCAAAAUGAAAGUCAACCAGAUCCUUCCACCCCGGCUACAUUUUCGGACUAUUUCAACAAUCUUGGAGGAAGUGGUGCUAAUUUACCAUAUUAUUAA